AUGGCUGGCACAUCCGUGAAGAAGCGCUCAUUCAGCGACGGCCCCAAGGGCCGCGCACAACGGCCGACCAAGAAGCAGAAGAAAGUCGCAUCAUACCACAGCAGCUCCGAAGACUCGGCAAGCGACGACGAGGGGGGCCCCGUGCCCGCUAACCUGCUCGACUCGGACGAUGAGGACCUCGAGAAUGUCGAGGUCGACGAUGGGGCAUCAACCGCUGAUUCAGAAUCAGACUCCGGCUCCGACUCGCUGUCAGAGCCAGAAGCAGCACCAAAACGGAAGACCCAGCCAGGAAAACAAGAACGCUUUGUCGCCAAGGACGCCCCUUCAUCCGAAGAAGACGUCUCGUCGGACGAGAUCGACAAAGAAAGAGAAGAUGAUGACGAUGAUAACGAUGAUGACUCCGACGACUCCGACGCAGCGAGCCACAGCGACGCCUCGAGCGCGCGGCAGCAGCAGCGCGGGGGCGGCAAAAACGCGACCAAAUCCAAACGCAACGACCCGACCGCCUUCGCGACGUCCAUCUCCAAGAUGCUCUCGUCCAAGCUGCCCGCCUCGCGCCGCGCGGACCCGAUCGUGGCCCGCAGCGCCGCGGCGGCCGAGCAGGCGCGGCAGGCGGCGGACUCGGCGCUCGAGGCCAAGGCGCGGCGGCGGCUGCGCGAGCAGAAGCGGCUGGCCAUGGAGAAGGGCCGGGUGCGCGAUGUGCUGGUGGCCAGCAAGACGCGCACGCUCGACGUGGCCACGGGCGAGAUCGUCGAGGUGCCGGACGAGACGCGGCCGGGCGAGCCCCGGACGACCGAGGAGAUCCUGGCGGCCGAGCGGCGGCUGCGCAAGACGGCCCAGCGCGGCGUCGUCAAGCUCUUCAACGCCGUCCGGGCCGCCCAGGUCAAGGCCGCCGAGGCCGAGCGGGCCGCCCGGAGGGAGGGCGUCAUCGGCGUCAAGAGGAAGGAGGAAAAGGUGGCCGAGAUGAGCCGGAAGGGCUUCCUCGACCUGAUCGCGAGCGGGGGUGGAGGGUUGAAAAAAGGGGGACUGGAGGAGGCGUGAGUGUGAACCUUUUUUCGGUCGUCGGGUGACCAUUGGGGAUGGUUCGGCGUGCCUGGGUCUCAUGUUUCUUUUCUUUCGAUUUUUUCCCCUCCCCCCCUUGAGCUCAGACAUAGCAGAGCAGG